GUGAAGUGGAUGACGUCGGGCUUGCUUGCCUCUGGCAGCCGGACUAUAUCAAGCUAAGGAUCGCCAUUGGCGUUCCUGAGCAGUCAUCUGUACCUCACAAUACGUCCACCACCCUAGUCACCAUCCUCUAGCCCCACCAGCCCCAACAUCUCCGAAAAUGGCCGACCAGAAGCGACUUGCGACGCUCGAUAGCUCAAUCGUUGACCGCCUGCCGGCUCACUCGCAGACUCUCUUCGCCGCCAAGACCAAGGCCGGCCUGAGCUUCUCCGAGAUCGCGAACCUCCUGGGCCGCGAGGAGGUCGCCGUCGCAGCCCUCUUCUACGGGCAGGCACAGGCGUCCGCCCAGGACGUCGAGAAGCUGUCGGCACUCCUCGACAUCCCCAAGGAGGUCCUGGCCCCGCAGCUCAUGGCCAUCCCCGACCGCGGCCGCUCGGGGCCAAUGCCCCCCGUCGAGCCGCUCAUCUACCGCCUGUACGAGGUCAUCCAGAACUACGGGUACGCCUACAAGGCCGUCCUGAACGAGAAGUUUGGCGACGGCAUCAUGAGCGCCAUCUGCUUCAGCACCAAGGUGGAGAAGGAGGUUGACGAGAAGGGCGACCAAUGGGUCGUCAUCACCUGGAGGGGCAAGUGGCUGCCUUUCACACGGUUCUAAGGCUUAUGGAUGUGGCAUGCGAAGCAAAUGGAUCCUGGAACAUGCGAGGAGGAACGGGAAGUUGGCUCGUCAAAGCUGGGGGGAUUUUUUGAUCGACAGAUCAUGUUCGGAGGGCUCAUAUUACCUAUCGCAAAGCGGCCUGUGGUACAGUGCCAGUUGUGGCUAUUUUAUCUGACAUAAUUAAGCACAAUACUAAAGAACAAUACCAAGAUGCUCUCGUGUACGAA